UGUGCGAGAUGGUUCUCCCUCAUUGCUAAGUCUUGUUACAACUUACAAGACACAAAACAAGAAUACAGUCUACAACCAUACUGCCUUACCACGUCUCUUUUACUGCACUGUUUCUCCUUCUCUAACCUCCCAACCCCCAAGAAUCAGCAUCAGUCCGAAACCAUGAAUGGGGAUAAAGCAAACAAGUCUUCUCCUAUUUCUCUUCAACAAUUCAUAUCCACAAUGGCUCCUUUAAUUGACAUUGAAAAGAUGAUGUAGAUAAUGUGUAUAUAUAUAUAAGGCUAAAAAGAGUGAUGGACAACAAGCAACAAAUCCUGUGCAAAACAGAAACAAAACAUAAUGCAACACACACCUGGCUGAAGCUUGCUUGAGUGGGACCUUGGUCGAGUUGACCUGCUUGAGUGGGUCGAGCCAGAUACAGCAGGUUGAGCCAAGAGGCUCGUGAUGGUCGUGCAGGAAGCCGAGAUAUCUGCUUCUAUAACUUCUAGUUCUUCUAGAAGCACAGAUGCUGCUCAAAAGAGAGGUUCCAUUAUUCUUAAUUUGAAGUGUGUUGAUGUUCAGGCAGGAUUAAUGGGAAAGAGUCUUCUUGAAUUUCAAUCCACAAAAGGAGAUGUUCUUUCCCCACACAAGUUUGGGCCACAUGAUGUGGUAAUCUUAAAGCUGAAUAAGGCUGAUGCUGGAUCUCCUUCCCUAGGACAAGGCGUGGUUUAUCGUUUGAAGGAUUCAUCUAUCACUGUUGCAUUUGAUGAUAUUCCAGAGGAAGGCUUGAAUAAUUCACUGCGACUUGAGAAAGUGGCAAAUGAGGUGACGUAUCGUAGGAUGAAAGACACCCUGGUAGAGAUGAGUAAAGGUGUACCAAGAGGUCCUGCUUCUGACCUAGUUCCAGUACUAUUUGGAGAGAAACCCCCUGGAAAGUCAAAAAAUGAAUAUAGCUUCUCUCCAUUCAAUAAGAAUCUAGAUCACUCUCAGAAAGCUGCAAUUACCAAGGCAUUGUCAUCGAACAAUGUGUUUUUGCUGCAUGGACCUCCUGGUACUGGGAAGACCACAACUGUUGUAGAAAUUAUCCUACAGGAAGUAAAGCGUGGUUCAAAAAUACUUGCAUGUGCUGCGUCCAAUAUUGCUGUUGACAAUAUUGUUGAGCGUCUUAAUCCACACAGGGUCAAGCUGGUGAGAGUGGGUCAUCCUGCCCGUUUGCUCCCUCAAGUAUUGGAAAGUGCUCUAGAUGCUCAGGUGCUACGGGGCGACAACAAUUCUCUGGCAAAUGACAUUCGCAAAGAAAUCAAGGCACUAAAUGCAAAGCUUCUGAAGACUAAAGAUAAAGGUACCAAGAGGGAGAUCAUGAAGGAGCUCCGUUCUCUUUCCAAGGAAGAGCGCAAACGGCAACAGCUAGCUGUGACUGAUGUUAUUAAGAAUGCAGAUAUCAUAUUGACGACUUUAACUGGAGCGUUAACUAAAAAACUCGACAAAACUACUUUUGACCUUGUGAUUAUCGAUGAAGCUGCACAGGCACUUGAAAUUGCAUGCUGGAUAGCGCUUCUGAAGGGUACAAGAUGUAUUCUUGCUGGUGAUCAUCUUCAGCUUCCGCCCACUAUCCAAAGUGUUGAAGCCGAAAAGAAAGGCCUAGGGAGAACCUUAUUUGAGCGUCUUGCAGAUUUGUAUGGGGACGAUAUUAUGUCAAUGCUCACUGUUCAAUACCGCAUGCACAAACUUAUAAUGGAUUGGUCAUCUAAAGAGCUUUAUGACAGUAAGAUAGAAGCUCAUUCAUGUGUUGCUGCUCACAUGCUCUAUGAUUUGGAAGGAGUGAAUAAAACAACUGCAACUGAACCUACUCUUCUGCUUGUCGACAUAGCAGGUUGUGACAUGGAAGAAAAGAAAGAUGAAGAAGACAGCACAUUGAAUGAUGGCGAAGCAGAGGUUGCUAUAGCUCAUGCCAAAAGACUCGUUGAAAGUGGAGUCCAAGCUUCAAAUAUUGGAAUAAUAACACCUUAUAAUGCACAAGUUGUGGCUUUGAAGAUGUUGAAGAGUAAUGUGGAUAAGUUAAAAGAUUUGGAAAUAUCAACUGUUGAUGGUUUCCAAGGUCGGGAAAAAGAAGCUAUUAUUAUUUCAAUGGUUCGAUCAAACUCAAAGAAAGAGGUGGGUUUUCUGAGUGACCGUAGGAGAAUGAACGUGGCUGUGACUCGUGCAAGACGGCAAUGUUGUCUGAUUUGUGAUACCGAAACUGUGAGUAGUGACCAAUUUUUGAAGCGAUUGAUUGAAUAUUUUGAGGAGCAUGGCGAGUAUCUGAGUGCUUCAGAAUAUGGGAAUGAAUAAACCAAAAGAGAGAUCGGAAAUUCUUACCGGUUCUCAUUAUGAAGCGUUAUCAAUGAAGAGAAUAGUGUGCACUUAGUCUGAAAGCCCCCGAGACUUGCUGGGCAUCCUCAUUGCUCCUGAGAGUAGAAAGUCACGGUCUACAGGAACACAUUAAAUGUUAAGUUGUGUAUUAGAACGUUCCAGGGCUUCUUCGAGAAUCGACUUAUUGUAGCUGGCUUCAUUUCUGGAAAACUUAAAACUGGCUUCAUUUCUGGAAAAUGUUUUUGUUUCUGUCAAGUGGAAUGUGGAUUUGGAGGUAUGUUUACAACAAUGUCCAUUUCAUAUUCUAUUAUUUGGAUCAAGAAUUAACAUUAUAAUGCAACAAUGCUUGAAUAUUAUCUUGCAAUACUUGCUAAAGCCACCUAUUUUUAGAGGUUAUGGAGUAUAUUUUAGUUAAAAUGUUUGCUCCACAAUUUUGUAAUGUUGAUACAGUAGCCGUGUGGCAAAGGGUGUUGUCAACAAAAAAUAUAUUUGUGCUUGAAUAGUAAUUAUUCACAUAUGAGCAAUAAGUGGAAUCAUUUAUGACAAUUUUUUCUAUUAAAUAAUACCCCUUAUUCUUUUUUAAUGUCCCAUUUGGUUUU